GUUGCUUGUGAAAUUGCAAGCCGAAUGCUCGAUACAAAGAUAACAGGUUCAAACUCCAUCUGUUUGAACCAGUGUAACAUCUUUGGCGGUUUGGUUUGUGACUGACUUGUGUCAAAGGAAUAGUGAACGCAGGUGGUGGAUGCAGUAGACUGUGGAGUGUGAACUGAAGGUUUAGACGUGAAAUUAGGAUCAUCCCAGUGGAUAACGCCCGUAGCAAUGCUUCAUGAACCGGGAUAUCAACAAAAGUUUAUUAUGUCUGGAGAAAAAGAGAGGUUUAAGGAACUUUUACGAACACGACUGAUUGAAAGUGGAUGGCGAGACCAGAUCCUGAUGCAUUGUAGACAGAUAGUUAAGGAACGUGGUGUGCAGAAUAUUACAGCUGAACAGUUAAUUACUGAAGUGACUCCCAAGGGCAGAGCUUUGGUACCAGAUGCUGUGAAGAAAGAACUCCUACAGAAAAUUAAAAAUCAUUUUUCACAAGCUUUAUAAAGUAAGAGCUCAUUUGUACCAAAACAGGUUGUUUUGGACAUAAAACUGGUGUGCAUUGCAGCAGGCAAAAUAGUGUGCUCUGGAAAGAAGUUGUAUACCCUAGAAAUAUCAUCUAAAUUGUGUUGAUCAGGCAGAAAUUGUCAGGCGAAUGAAUUUAACUUCUGCGGACAACUGCAAAAAUGCCAUUUACUAGCAAGGAAACUGUCACUAUGUUACUGAAUACACUUUAGUAAUUGUUAGGUAUGGAAAUUUACAGAAUGUGAAUAAAGUGCUGUGUGACUGUAGUG